AUGGACGAACAGAUCAAGCACCUGGUUAACAAGACCUGGGUAGCCAGUCUUAUCCAGACGCCGAGUCGCAUCCAGUCAUCCGCAUAUCCCAGCAAUUGCUCACAAUCCACAGCCAAAUUCUGCUGCACCGCAGACGACGCCCGCCUCAUGAUCGCCGUUAGCGGAAUCCCAGGAUCCGGCAAGACAGAGCUUGCGCAGUCAAUCAGCAAGCGCAUCAACCAGAUCUACGCCUCCGAGAGUCCUAGCGCACCUCCGAUAUCAACGGCCCUUCCCAUGGAUGGAUUCCACCUCACCCGAGCUCAACUAGCCGCGAUGCCGGACCCGGAGCACGCGUUUGCGCGCCGCGGCGCAGAGUUCACAUUUGACGGAGAGAAAUUUCUGGGAUUGGUGAAGAAGCUUCAGGAGCCAAUUACGGCGGAGACGAAGGAUGUGCAUGCGCCGAGCUUUGAUCACGCCGUGAAAGAUCCUGUGGAGGAUGAUAUUACUAUUCCGGCUACUUGCCGGGUCGUGUUGUUUGAGGGAAAUUAUUUGAGUUUAGAUAAGGAACCGUGGAGGGAGACUGCCAAAUUAAUGGAUGAGCUGUGGUUUGUGGAUGUUGAUUUCGAAGUUGCGAGAAAGAGGUUGAUUCGCAGACAUAUUAAGGCUGGAAUUGCGAAGAAUGAGGAGGAAGGUAACAAAAGAGCAAAAGAAAAUGAUCUGGUUAAUGGGCAGGAGAUCGUUGACUUCAGGUUACCUGUUCAGGAGAUUGUCAAGAGUGUCUACGACCCGUCAUGGGAAGAACCCUAG